AUGGUUUCAGAAGAAGUCGUUGUUUCGUUAUUUUUGAUUGGACUCGUGGCAUUGGUUUUCGGACUGCUUUUUGCGUACUACUCCACUUCUUCUCCACACCGUAUUUCAAUCUUUGAUGCUUUUUGGAACACCAAAUAUGAGCACUCAGCUCCGUUACAAAAGGCGAAGACUGACUUGAAAUGGAAGAAUGAUGAUCGAAGACAACUAUCUUUUAGUACAAACGUACAAAGUGCUAAUUACCAAAAUUGCAUACCUGUGUUGGACAGACCAACUAUCGAUUUACACAACUCCGAUUUACAACAGCCCCAAGAGUCUUUUCGUUCCACCCUUCAAUCUCAAAAUUCCCAGAACGAAAAUGAGAGGUCGUCAAUUUCAAUGAGAUUUGAGAGAUACCGGAACGACGAGACAGUAAAACCUCGUUAUGUCGAACAAUACCAACAGGAGGAAAACAGCUAUGUCCCUCAAAGAAGAGGGGAAUACCCACAAAAUCCUCAACAAUAUGGCACAUCUCAGUACCAAGACUACUCACAAGCAACAUACCAGAAUUACCCAAAUGUGAACUCUCGUUAUGAAGUUCAACAAGAAGACUGGAAUUCCAUUAAUUCCGAACUUGACAAUCCGCAAGACAGGUAUGAGAGGAGUGAGAUCUCUGGGUUUUACUUUUCGAAGGGGCAAUUCCAAAACAAGAACGACACAAUUCUUGACCAAUCCAUCAUGAACAAAAACGAGAAAGAAAAGUACAAUCAUGGGUUUUACCAAGCGUACACACCCCUUGGAAAUACAAACAAUACCAACUUCAAGGGAUUUGGUGGUUUCGCGAUGUAA